AUGCCUCGGGGAUCUCGCUCACUACUCGACCGAUCUCGCCUUCUGAAUGGGGACGCGGUCUCCAACAUUAAUUGCGGUGAGGAAGUCAUAGGAUGGACAUACAAGGGAGAGAAAUAUUACAUGGGCCUCCUACUCAAGACUGUUCACCGUGAUCGCCUAGAACUUGUCAUUUGUCCUCAUGCUGAUGACAUUUGGCUCCACCUACAAUCUGGGUGGGGCCAACCCUUCCUCAAGAAAACUGUGGUUAUGUUCUCUAUGCAGUUCUUGCGCACAGGCGAUUGGGUUAGAAUUGUCAGAGGAGACCUCAGUUCAGAGACCAGUCAAGUCAUCUCAACAGAUCAUCCUGCUAAUUCUGCUACCUUGGAGUUGACCUUGAGUGGUCGCCGAAAGGAAGUCGACAUCCGAUUAGAUGACAUAGAUCGCGUUUUUUGGGUUGGCGAUACAGUUCAAGUGAUAGCAGGUCCAUACUUGGGCGUGGAAGGGCACAUUAUUCAGAUGGCAGAUGAUACAUUUCGCCUUUGUCAGCACGCCUCGAAGGAAGAGUUAGAACACAGCUGCCAACUCAGCAAUUUUUCAAGCCCCCCCCCUGAUAUUGAUGCCAUUCAAAUUGGUGACUCUGUAAAUGUGCUUGUUGAGGAGCACAUGGGGAAAACUGGCAUCGUGCGCUGGCUCUCCAAAGGAGGGAACUAUUUGUGGUUUCAGGAUGGAUCACUGAUUAUUCCAGUUCCCAUUGUAGCUGCUCAGCGAAUCCCCAACCUCCAAACUCUGCAGUUUACACAAGACAGAGGUUAUGAUGUCAGGCCUGGAGAUGUUGUGAGAGUCGCCUGUGGUCCAAAUUAUACGACAAAAGGCGUCAUUCGAAGGGUUGACUUUAUAAACGCUCACUUAACCCUACUCUCUGAGAUUGAUCACUCACUAGUCAAUGUGCCCAUCGGAUUCGUGAUCAAAUUACAAAAUGCCAGCUUAGAUUCCUUCAAAAAAGACAUCAGGCAAGAAGUUUUCAUUAUUGGCAGUGACCGCAAGGGCUACCAAGCCACACUGUACAGUUUCUCAUCUGAGACUUGCACUGUUGCCAUUCAUGGGCAGCAGCGCACCACGAUUCAACUCAAGGAUGUUGUUACUAGGUAUGGAAUGAGGUUGAACGGCAUCAUGCUCGAAGGAACUGAGAUGUUAUCUUUCUGCGAGAUACGCAGAAAAUUGUACUUGGCCCCACCACCUCGAAGCGUCACCCCUCCCCCUGAAAAGAUCCAUUCCAGCUUGUCAGCUUCCACCAUAGACAAGUCAUCAUCCACGUGGACCACCUGGACCAGCAGCUCUGAGGAUAUUGUCACGGCAGGCAACCCUUCUAGCCUCAGUCCCUCACAGGCUGCUGCGCCCGACCCCUGGAGUGUCAAUAUCAACGACGUGCUGGAUGGCACUGAUGGAGGAGAGAAACCGAAAGAGACCCCACUAGCUUGGCUGAUGAACAAGGAAUUUUCCUACACAUUCACAACCUAUCACACGAUGUUGAAAGUCUCGCCCUCUUUCAUGCGAGGCAGGCUACACAAUUGA